GAGAGAGAGAGAGAGAGAGAGAGAGAGAGAGAGAGAGAGAGAGAGAGACUACCUUGUUACCGUGGCUACACGACAGGAAGAGGAAGAGCGACCGGGGUCUCUGCGGCAGGGUUGCUACGCUGGUUGUCGAGGGGUCGGGAGUGGUGGAGGCAGCGGCAGUGCGGGACCCGGGCAAGAGGACAGCGCGCAGAGCGGCCACAGCCAUGAUGAACAGUGUGUUCUACGAUGCCCCCGACCUGGAGCAGAUGAUCUCCAGUAAGAACCCUCUGGAUGAGUUUGAGCUGAUCCAGCGUAUCGGCAGCGGCACCUACGGAGACGUCUUUAAGGCUCGGAAUACUGAGACCAGCAAGAUGUCUGCUGUCAAGAUCAUCAAACUCGAUCCAGGUGACGAUAUCUCCUCCCUGCAGCAGGAGAUCACCAUGAUGCGUGGCUGCAAACACCACAACAUCGUUGCCUACUUCGGCAGCUACUUCAGGAACAACAAGCUGUGGAUCUGCAUGGAGUUCUGUGGUGGAGGAUCCCUGCAGGACAACUACCAAGUCACUGGUCCGCUGACGGAGAAACAGAUCGCCUACGUCUGCAGAGAAACCCUGCAGGGGCUCCAAUAUUUACACAGCAGUGGGAAAAUACAUCGAGACAUUAAGGGAGCGAAUAUCCUGCUGACUGAUCGCGGGGAAAUCAAACUGGCUGAUUUUGGGGUCUCAGCCGAACUCACAGCCUCGGUGGGCAAGAGGAAAUCGUUCAUCGGCACUCCGUACUGGUAA